UGUAACUUCCAAGAUAGAAGAGGCGCAAAAAAACGACCAAACCUUGCUGAAGGCGGGAACCACCAGCAGCAGAAGCAACAAAACCUCAAGCAUCGCCCACAUAUCGCCUCCGCAACCGCAUAUUCGACGACAGCGACCACAGUGUCGUCAUCUGGGGGUAAACCGGAAUAGUGAUAGUCGAAAAAGUGGGAGCUGGGAUGUCGCGGCGCUCCCAAGAUCUCAUCGGGGUGCUGCGGGGCCUGCAGCUGGUGGCGGAGGCGUGCAGCCGCGAGCACCUGGCGCUGUCGAAGCAUCUGUGGAGCAAUUCGAGCGUGCGCGAGCUACUGGCAGAGAACGUGAGUCAGACGAGACAGACCGUACGCCAAGUAGGGCAGCAGCCGGCCGACGAGCUCAAGAAAGUGCAACAGGUGCUGCUAGAGACGACCGAACGUAGCUACGUGGUGGUUAAGGGAAUCUGCUCGCUGUUGGAAACCAAACUCUCGAUGAUGCCCCAACUGCCGGGCGUGGCCUCUGGUCGGAGCCAGGAGCGGCGGCCGCCGACAGCUGAUCAAACGCCGACGAGCGCACAAUCUGAUCUCGAUGCCGCCAACCUGGACAUAUCCUCCAUCACCCUCGAGGAGUUCGAGGACAUCCUCUCCAAGCGCAACAAAAACCGCCAGGUGAGCCUUCGGACGCCCACCACCCAGAGCAAGCAGGUGCCCCUCGCGCAAGUAGCAGGAGUAUCGCCGACGGCCGAGGGUGUAUUCGCCAGAGACACCCAGUACGUGGACAACGUGCUGCGCUUUGUAGCGAGUCCCUCGCCCGUACCCCCCGAAACAGCAUCCCGGACCGGGGGAAGCAUUGAUGUGCCCGAACUGAGCAAGGUGGCCAAGCAGCGGCGCGUGCCGGCCUCGCGCUUGGGAAGGAUGGCCUCUUUUGGUGGUCUCUUUGCCGGCCUGGGCAUUGGCACCCUCAACGAGCUGACCAAGGGCGCCCUAGGCAUGGGCGGCUCUAAAACGAUGCGAGAGGCCUUGCUCAGUCCGGCGAAUGCUGAGCGCAUCGUAGACACUCUGUGCAAGGUGCGUGGAGCGGCAUUAAAGAUCGGCCAGAUCCUGAGCAUCCAGGACUCGAGCGUGGUGUCGCCGCAGCUGGCCAAGGCUUUUGAGCGUGUGCGCCAGGCGGCCGACUACAUGCCCGACUGGCAGGUGGAGCGCGUGAUGAACACGCAGCUGGGGCCCGGCUGGCGCCAGCGGCUGAGGAGCUUCGAAGACAAACCAUUCGCGGCAGCCUCCAUCGGACAGGUGCAUCGCGCCACGCUGAACGAUGGGAUGCAGGUGGCCAUCAAGAUCCAGUACCCGGGCGUUGCGCAGAGUAUCGAGAGCGACAUCGACAAUCUGGUGGGCAUGCUUAAGGUGUGGGACGUCUUUCCGCAAGGCUUCUUCAUCGACAAUGUGGUGCGCGUGGCAAAACGGGAGCUGCAGUGGGAGGUCGACUAUGAUCGCGAGGCGGAGUAUACGGAGAAGUUCCGCCAGAUGAUCGCCCCCUAUCCGGAGUACUAUGUGCCCCGGGUAGUGCGCGAUCUGACCACAUCCAGUGUCCUUACCACCGAACUGAUACCCGGCGUGCCCCUCGACAAGUGCUUCGAUCUGAGCUAUGAGCAUCGUGCCCACAUUGCUGCCUCCGUGCUGAAGCUGUGCCUGCGCGAGCUCUUCGAAAUCGAGUGCAUGCAAACGGACCCGAACUGGUCGAACUUCUUGUACGACGCACCCAGUCGGCGGCUGAUGCUCAUUGAUUUUGGAUCGACGCGCUUUUACAAGCACGAGUUCAUCCGGAACUACCGUCAGGUGAUCAUCAGUGCCGCACAGAACAACCGCCAGGGCGUCCUCGAGAUGUCACGUGAGAUGGGCUUCCUCACCGGCUAUGAGACGAAACAGAUGGAACAGGCCCACGUCGAUGCUGUGAUGAUACUCGGCGAGAUCUUUCGCUACGACGGCGACUUUGACUUUGGCAAGCAGAACACCACCGAGCGGCUGGCCGCCCUUGUGCCCACCAUGGUUGCCCAUCGGCUCUGUCCGCCGCCCGAGGAGAUCUACUCCAUUCACCGGAAGCUCUCGGGCAUCUUCCUCCUCUGCGCCCGCCUCAAUGUCCGCAUGAACUGUCUACCCUUCUACCGGGAGAUCAUUCUCGGGAAAUUCAAGGACUAAGCGUGGUCACAUAAGUUCGGUAUUCCGUUUUUGGUUUUCGUUAAUUGUUUUAUUUCCAGUACUAACUGCUCAUAAUCCCAAUAUAUAGACUUUGCUUAUCUCAA